AUGAGCAGCGAAGAGGAGCAGCUACCGGAAUGCUGCGGAUCGGGAUGUACAAACUGUGUGCUAGACCUGAAACCUGAUCGACACCAUGCACCGGUUGGCACCAGCAAUGUGUUUGAUCGUACGUACCAACGGUUCAUCUGCUGCAGCAUCAUCCAAGAGACAGAGCAGGUGUUCCGAUUCCGGUUUCAGCUCCACCAGGAACGUGCCCCUGACCAAACACUGCAUGUACCGCCCGGAUGCCACCUGCUUUUGCGUGCACCCCGGCACAGGAGCAAGGAUGUGCCGGAUGAAAAGCUAAAAUCCUGGCGCGAAAGCCAUCCUGCAUCUUGCCGUCCGAUGCUUACUGUUCGCAUCAAAAAGUACGAUACGCAGGAAGACGAUCUGUACCUCAGUAGGCCGUACACACCGGUGGCCCAUCGACGGGAAGUUUGCAGCUUCGAGGUGCUGGUAAAAAUGGAACCGGAUGGUGCGAUGACCGAUUACCUUUUGUCGCUCGGUGUCGGUAGUGUGACGGAAUGGAAGGGAGUAUACGGAGAGUUCUCGUGGCAGCGUAACCGGUAUCGUAAUCUGGUGGCCUUCGCUCAAGGGGUUGGCAUGGCACCCAUCUACUCCACGUUCCGAGCGAUUCUGGAUGACGAGGAGGAUGAAACACGACUCACGUUAGUGGCCUGUUUCCGCGAUCUGCAGAGUGUGCUGUUGCGAGAUCAGUUGCGCGAGAUGGCCGGCUAUUGGAACUUUCGAUAUUCUAUCUACACCUCCAGGCAAAGCAGCGAUAGCACCUUCCGUUCGGAUACGAUCAAGUACAAGGAACCAAUUUACGAACAACGGUUGGAUGGAAAGGAUGUUGAACGUUCCUCAAAGAAUGUCUAG